AUGGCGCAGGACGGCGGGGCCGGCGGGGCGGCCGCCUCCCGAGAGCUGCUGGCCGUGGGGCGCCGAGGAGGACUGGAAGAAACAUUGUUGAUUAGUUCGAAAUUUAGCAACAAGAAGGCCACAACUUUACAGACAGUUAGAAUGCCAAGGAGUAAUGUUUUGGACAGAGUGCAGAGCUUUCUACCACAGAUGGCACAUGCAAAUGAUGAGCUAAGAAGAAAAAUGCUAACAGCACCAGCUCAUCAGUUUGAUAUUGAAAAUCUAGACAGUGCAACAGAAAAUGUUGUAGAAAUGAACGUGGCUUUAGUUGAACUGAGUGGUUCUGAUACAGAUGAAGAGGUAUCACUCUCAGAUGAUGACUCAGAAUCUGAAGAUGACUGUACAACCGAAGAAGUGACAAUAGACAACAUUAAGUUCCCUAAACAAAAGGGAGAAAAGAGCAAAAUAGAAAUUUUGGACAGCAAAGUGAACGAGUAAAUCSAUUUGUAUUUUACUUUUGAAAGAAUCACACUUUCUGGCUUUGAAGACUUGACCCUUAAACUGCCUUGCUUCCCAAUGUUCCCUGUCUACCAGGAACAUGCAAAAUGCUGUAGUUUAUAUGGUUGGGAAUGCAGGAUCCACUUGGAUGAUUGUUUUCCUAGUAGUUCUGAGGCAAGCUGCAUCUGAAGAAUUGCUGUCUUCUUUCUCAAAUGAUAUGAAACUGAGCUGCACCAGAAAGUCCUACUAAGAAAGCAGCUGGAAGUGGGGCUGGGACUUGGGUAGGAAGACACACUGCACAUCAAGUUAGGAGGUAGAACUCUUGACCUCUUGCAUUACUGAUGAAAAGUCUGCAGCGUGGCAGAAAGUUUUUGCCUUAAAGGGAGGGAAAAGCUUUGUUUUCUAUAUUCAUUGUCCUCUAAAGUGRUAUGUACAUGUCUUCGAUAUUAAACAUUAUCUUAAAGUACAUUUGAGGUAUGUCUAUAUUGCAAUGAAGAUGGUAACCACUGUACACUACCUCAGUGGCUGAGGUUAUUUCAUGGUAAGGUAGCAUGGUAAGAACAGUGUUACAACCAGCCAUGAAACAAGAGAGGUCAGCAAGCUCUCCUGGCUUUUUGGGCCUACACUGAGCUUUGUAUGGCUUCAUAUAUACAUGAAUGUACAUAUAUAUGUAUAUACAUAUAUACAUAUCUGUCUAUGCACAGAUUGCUGCUAGUCCUUAAACUAGCUUUUAGCAGCAGUAGAACUAGUAGCUGUAGUGUAGAUAAUGUUAGAACUUAAAGGGUCUAGUCUAACUGGUGUUGCAAUUGCUCUAAAACUUACAUUUUAUCUCCUGCUUUCUCUGCCACAUGCUUCCAUCCUCUCCAUUUCAUUGACAKCUGUCCUUUCCAGAAGAAUGAAAAGAACUGUGCUUAGAUUAGUUGUGGAGUCAUAGUAGGUGAAAGUACGUGCCAUUCAUACUUACCUCAGACUGUUAAAAAGCAAUGAUUUGGACUGGUGUAUUUUCCUUAGAGAUCAUUUUGCAUUUCAGAAGUAUCUGUGAUGCUCCUUGAUAUCAUCAUUUGUUUCUUAAAGGAACUU